AUGAAGCUGUUUCUGCUCUGUGUGCUCCUGGGAGCUGCUGCUGCAUUUGAUGAUGAUGAUAAGAUUGUAGGAGGUUACACCUGCGGCAAGAAUGCUCUCCCAUAUCAGGUGUCUCUGAACUCCGGUUACCAUUUCUGUGGUGGGUCCCUGAUUAACAACCUGUGGGUUGUGUCUGCCGCUCACUGCUACAAAGCGAGCAUCCAGGUCAGACUGGGAGAGCACAACAUCGUUACCAGUGAGGGCACAGAGCAGUUCAUCAACUCUGCCAAGGUCAUCAGACAUGCCAGCUACAACUCCAGGACCCUGGACAAUGACAUCAUGCUCAUCAAGCUCGCCUCUGCCGCCACCCUGAACUCCUAUGUGAAGGCUGUAGCUUUGCCCUCUGGAUGUGCCGCGGCUGGCACCAGCUGUCUGAUCUCUGGCUGGGGAAACACACUCAGCAGUGGCACCAACUACCCAGAUCUCCUGCAGUGCGUGAGCGCCCCCAUCCUGACUACUGCCCAGUGUACCGGUGCCUACCCAGGAGAGAUCACCAACAACAUGAUCUGUGUUGGAUAUCUGGAAGGUGGCAAGGAUUCCUGCCAGGGUGACUCCGGUGGACCUGUGGUGUGUAACGGACAGCUGCAGGGUAUUGUCUCAUGGGGCUAUGGCUGCGCUCUCAGGAACUAUCCUGGUGUCUACACCAAGGUCUGCAACUACGUCUCCUGGAUCCAGAACACCAUCGCUGCCAACUAAAUCACUUGUAUUCCUGGCUACAUCCUAUCUGCAUGUAUUUGUACAUAAGAUGAGCUCUGGCUUCAUUGUGGACAUUGAUAUUGAAGACCAUCAUUAAAUAAAUUGAUUAUUGAUUUCACAUCUUA